GUCCUCGAAUCUCGGGAUCGAUAUGUUGUGUUUAUUCUGUUGCCCGUGCGGCUGAUUACUAUGGAGUCCGCGCCAUCAGGGGGUGCGUGGGCGGAAGGCCAAGCAGUGCAUUUGCAUAGAUAUGUUUGUAAAUCUUGUAUUGAGAGAGACAGAGAUAAAUUAGUCCAUCUAGUAAGAUAAAUAGAAAAUAAAUAAUAGGUAGUUAGGGCAAAACAAUAUCGGCACAUAGCAGUUAAGUAGGUCGGAAUUAUGAACUGGACACUUAUCCUUACUUUUAAUUGUGACAGGUAUUAAAGUACGCCUCCGCUCAGGGUCAAUGCUUCAGGGAUUAUUUGAAAGCGUGAAGAGGCAUGUAUGCUUAUGGAAAGUGGAAACAAAUCAUAAAAACAAUGCCGAUAAGGACGCCUCCUGGAGAAGUGUUGUUCGUGAAUGUGGCCUAUCAAAUGUAAAUGAAGCAAAAAGUAUGUGGACGAAAUUGAAAGCCAGCCAUAGACAAGCUAUUCUUAAGAAGAUAUCAGCAGUAGGGGAAGGUGAUACACGACCCUGGAUAUACGAAAAACACAUGGAAUUUCUACUGCCGUAUAUGAAAUUUAGAGGACGAGGCGUGAAUGUCAGUAUUACUCCACGUAUAAUACAAUCUCGUUCCUUUCAACUUGGUGCAACGAAUAACGUACCUGCACCUAAUAACGUAGCUUUUAAUAACGUAGUUUUAAACAAAAGAAAAAUUGACGAAUGCACGUCAGGAAAUCUAGAACAAGAACAAAAAAAGAAAGAUCAAAGCAAAAAUAAAAAUGUCCGAGAAACAAACGUCAAAAAGAAGGAAGACACGGCUGUGAAAAAAUUCUUUGACAGUAUGUGUAACAUUACCGAAGACCUACCAGAAUGUUUACAGGUAAAAGUCCAGCGCCAGAUCUUCAACUCUGUGAUGGAGGCUCGCGAGACUCAACUGCAAAUGAAGAAUGGAAGUUCGAAGAAAGCUGGAUCUAAUCAGCCAGAAUGCAAUCUGUUUCUGUUUCCAUGUUCGUCAGAGUCAGGUGUGUUAAUUAAUGGGGAAACUGAGAUGCAGUCUCGAAGAAAUGCUCAAAAGAUCUUUGCACGUUCUUCGUCUCCUGAUGUUCAAUACUACGGCGAAUCUUUCCCAGAAAAGAAGCGUGAAGAGCCUCCAGAUACCUUCAACUACAGAACACGAUAAUGUGAUUGUAUAAUUCACUAUACCGGGUGUUUUUGAAAAAAACUGGCUCAUUUUUAUAACAUUUUUAUGUUUUGAGAUAAAAAAGUGAAACUUGGUACGUUAGAAUAUGACUUGGUCACUUCUUGUUUCACCGGAAAUAAGUACAACUUUUAAUUGUUAAAUGAUGCCCUCCGUAUUCAUUUACUUUACGAGGAUUUAAUAUAAAAUGACAUUCUUAAUAGAAUUAUAUACUUGAUGUUAAAAUCAAGAACAAAGUCCAAACCACUGUCAAAAUUAUUUAUUUUUUAUUAGACCUUUGUUAAAUACAGUUGUGCGUUUGACUUUAUAUACAGGGUGGUCCGAACUGUAUUCCGGAAACUUCGGCAGCAUAUUCUGCAGUUAAAAAUAAGUAAAAAAGUUUGUUUAAAUU